AUGACCAAAGUUGUUCGAACAACUCCUAUUGAUAGAUCCAAGAGAACAGCUGUUAAAGGAGAUGUUGUAUCAGAAGUGAAUAUUAUUCACGGAAAGAGAAAACGUCGAUUGAGUAAUAACUCGUUUACUGAUGAUUAUAUUGUUUCAAGUCCUAAAACACCAAAGAAGAAUAAGAAAAAGACUAAAAAGACACAGCAGAAAAAGAAGGAAUUAUCGGAAUCCUCAGAGGAUGAUGAUGAACAAGCUGAAGAAUCAGAAUCAGGAGAUGAAAUUAUUAUUCCUCUCUCUGGUAAUAGAAAUAAGUAUAAAAUUGUGGAUGAAGAUGAUGAGGAAGAGGAAAUGGAAUUAAAACAAGAACCUGAGGAAGAAAUGUAUUCAUUAUUUAGUCAGGAAUUGAAAAGAACUGAAAGAAAGAAGAAACAAUCUUCUUCAUCUGCUCCUAAAGAAUUAUCAACCAAAGUUAAGACUGAAGAACCAGCUAUUGCUGUUUGUGAUUGUAGUGAAUUUGGACCUAUUCCUGUGGAUCCAUAUAAAUUCUUUUCGAAAAAGAUUGUAGAUAAUGUAAAACGUUUGGGUGGUGAAUUUCCAGAAUUUUACGAUUCCAGAAUUCCAAUUGUUUAUAAUGAUGUCAAGUUUUUCUCACCUGAUUCUUUGAGAUUAUUUACCCUAAUUAAGUGGGGAGGAAAGCAAUGUACGUUUUAUUCUAUUAUUUAG